UUUAGUUUAGUUUAGUUUAGUUUAGCUUAGUUUAGUUUAGUUUAGUUUAGCUUAGCUUCCUCCGGUACAGUAGAUGGCGUCAACGGUUGUGAGCCGCCAUUUAGAGAGAAGAAGAAGAAGAAGCAGACGACGUAACUGACUUUAACUGUCACGGCGGUCUCCUGCCACGACCUCCGAUGCUGCCCAGUGUCCUCCGCUGUGCUCGGCCCAUCUCUACCAGUCUUGCCUUAAGCCGGCCUUUGGCCCACUUCAGACCACACAUGGACCCAGACCCGAGCCGGCCCGUUGAGAGGGCUAUCAGAACAAAACUGACUGACCAACUCAAGCCAGACCAUUUAGAGGUCCACAACGAAAGCCACAUGCACGCCGUGCCGCCCGGCUCUGAAUCCCAUUUCCGCGUCCUGGUUGUUAGCUCCCAGUUUGAGGGUCUGCCGCUGAUAAAGCGCCACCGUCUGGUUAACGAGGCUCUGAAGGAGGAGCUGAGUACCUGCGUUCAUGCACUGGCCAUCCAGGCAAAGACUCCCGAGCAGUGGGGGAGCAACUCCACCAUCGCUAAGAGUCCGCCCUGCAUGGGAGGCUCGAAGGGAGAUCACACGGUGGAGGAGAAACUGAAGGCCGGGCGAGAGUAAAGAGGUGGACUAUGAGGCGGUUACUGUGAAGAAGAGACAUGAAGAUUAAUGUUCAAUGUUCCCUGAGGAUUUUCUCUUUUCACUACAGGUGGUUGCAGGUAUUUUGCACUGGGACUACACCGCUGUUCAUUCAAUACAAUAUAGAGGAAACUUUCUAUACCAAUGCUUCUGCUCGUAGCUCUCAGCCUUAGGCAGAGGUCAUGGAUGGUCACCAUGUGUGAAUGAAAAUAAACAGGAUUCCUGAAACA